AUGGCUUCUCGAGCAGGGCCCGCACAAGGUCGCGGCAUGAACACCCGGUUCGCCCAGUUCAAGUUGGUCUUAUUGGGAGAGUCUGCUGUUGGAAAGGUAUUCGACUAUCCACAGACACCCACCAAGAGACCGUCGCAUGCUAACUUCCUGCGACAGAGUUCGAUAGUCCUUAGAUUCGUCAAGGAUCAAUUCGACUCGUACCGCGAAUCCACCAUCGGCGCUGCCUUCCUCACACAGACCAUAUCCCUCGACGAGAACACAACCGUCAAGUUCGAGAUCUGGGAUACUGCUGGUCAGGAGAGAUAUAAAUCCCUGGCUCCCAUGUACUACCGGAAUGCAAACUGCGCUGUAGUUGUCUACGAUAUCACACAAUCCGCGUCACUCGACAAGGCGAAAGCUUGGGUCAAGGAACUGCAGAGACAAGCCAACGAGAACAUCAUCAUUGCCCUUGCAGGGAACAAGCUAGACUUGGUGACUGAGCAACCCGACAAGCGAGCGGUGACAACGGCCGACGCUGAGGCAUACGCGAACGAGGCCGGUCUGCUGUUCUUCGAAACUUCGGCCAAGACGGCAGAGAACGUAAAGGAGCUUUUCACUGCUAUUGCCAAAAAGCUUCCGCUCGACCAGGCUGGCCCUCGACAUACCCGCCCAGGACAACGACCAGGAGGUGUGAGCUUGGGACAGGCAGAGGGUGCAAACACACAGUCCGGAGGAGCUUGCAGCUGCUAG